AGGUCAACAGAGGUUACCUAUUUUGGCGUUCAAAGUUUUGUUUCUUGAAAAAGCCUUGUUUUUUAGACUGCUAAAAUUUAAUAUAACUAAAAUUAGCCUCACAGUCAAUUUCUAUUCGAAUACAGAUUACUUAUGUUUUUUGACAAAAUGCCCCUCUACUAAUACCUGUCGACAAAAAAAUCGUUGAAAAAAUUAUGUUCUUGAAAGUCGGCAUCGGUCGCGUUAAUCAAGAUCUUAUUGUCACUGAAAGAACAUUUCUGUGUAAAGUGUGAACAUUUACAUAUCAAUUUUUGUUGGCUUGUAUUUUCAAUUCAUUUUCUCGCUAGUAUCGUGUUUGCAAAGACAAGGAUAUUGUCUACUGCGAGGUUGUGUUGGAUCGAACAUUCUGAAACAUGCUACUCAAUCAGAACAGCGUUGAAAGAAAAGACAAAGAUGUACAAGGUGGUCACCCAGAAUCAGAAUCAAUUGGACGACAGCAAAAGACAACAAUAUUGCGUGACUACCCGAAUUCCAAUCCAUACGAUACAAAGCCCGGAGAAAAACCGUACAAACUGGAAAUUAAGUGGCCUUACGUAUUUAUAUUUGCGUAUUUUCAUGUUGCAUUUGUGAUUGCAAUUUUCACGCCCAUUACUGCUCGGACCUUUUUGUGGGGGUUCAUGUAUGGUGUGGUUUCCUCCUAUGGUGUUACGGCUGGAGCACAUCGUUACUGGGCACAUAAAUGUUACAAAGUGACGCGUCCAUUGUUUUUCAUUUUCUUGUUUUUCCAAACUACAUCUCUGCAAUAUUCGGUCAUCGAUUGGGUGAGAAAUCAUCGGGUACAUCAUAAGUACUCGGAUACCAAUGCUGAUCCCCAUAAUUCAUGCCGUGGAUUUUUCUUCUCUCACAUCGGCUGGUUGAUGUGUAAAAAGCAUCCGGAUGUGAAAAAAUAUGGGCAACGAGUUGAUAUAUCUGAUCUGACGUCGGAUCCGGUGUUACGAUUUCAGAAAAAGUACUAUUAUCUGUUGGCCAUGGUCUGUACAUUUCUCCUGCCCAUUUUUCUAUUUAUGUACUUUUUCGAUUUGUCCUUCUGGACAGCGUAUCACUGGCAUAUUUUUCGGUAUAUACUCUCGUUGCACCUAACCUUAAGCGUCAAUAGUGUCAGCCACAGUUGGGGUAGUAAACCAUUCGAAAAAGAUAUUAAAGCCACUGACACUUUCACCAUCGGACUCUUGGCAUUCGGUGAGGGCUGGCAUAACUAUCAUCACGUCUAUCCGUACGACUAUAAAGCCUCGGAAUUGCCAGGCUGUUGGUGGAAUACUACUACUCUUUUCAUUGACUUCUUUGUAUGGUUGGGAUGGGCAUAUGAUCUAAAGACAGUGUCUGAUGAAAUGGUUCGACGUCGUGUUCUACGAACCGGAGACGGAAGUCACCGAUACUCAAUAGAAGAGAAGCAGAAAACGACAAAAGAAUUGGUUCAAUCAUGCACGGGAGAGUGUAACGACGGAGAAGGAGAGAAGCUCAAAACUACGGCCGAUCAUAUUAGUGAUCAUUACUGGGGAUGGGGUGAUGACGAUAUGCUGCAAGUAGACAUUAAUGAUGCGAAGAUUAUUAACCCGAAAGACGAAUAGCUAACACAAUCGAAACCAAAUAAAUUGAUAAAAUUGAUGCACGCACAUUAUUAAUUGAAUAAAGCAGUAAUA